AUGCACAUCGCCACGAAUAUUGAGUGCUCAAAUUUGGACAAUCUUGGCCUGCCCUGGCAAGCAUCUGGAUACACAGGUACCUAUAACCGCCCCAUCCGCGUUGUCGGUUGCCAUGCCGAAGGUGAAGUGGGAGACGUUAUAGUCAGCGGUGUGCCAGAUGUACCAGGCAGGUCCAUGUCUGAAAAGCUGCAGAACUUUCAAGAGUCCACCGACUAUCUGCGGCAUCUCCUCUUAAACGAACCCCGCGGCCGCGCUUCAUUGAACCUAAAUCUACUUGUGCGGCCGUGUGAUCCUAGAGCUGACAUGGGGCUGAUCAUCAUGUGCAACGACUCGUACGCUUUCAUGUCUGGCUCCAACGUCAUAUGCGUGACAACAGUCCUACUUGAAAUAGGCAUGCUUCCAAUGACAGAGCCUCAGACAAUUCUCACUUUGGAUACCGCAGCUGGCCUGGUUACUGUCACAGCGCAAUGUCAAGCAGGAAAGUGCAAGUCGGUGGCUUUUGAUAACGUCCCUGCAUUUGUUGCUAAGCUGGAUUUUCCGGUUGAUGUGCCUGGAAUAGGCAUCGUUUCCGUCGACGUUGCCUGGGGCGGCAUGUGGUAUGGGUUUGUGGAAGCUGGCGCUCUGGACCUUACGGUGUCGAACGAGCAUUGCCGCAAACUGGUUGCGUUGGGUGACAGGGUGACCAAGGCCAUCCAAAGCCAGUUUACCCCGGUGCACCCGGAUAAACCAGAAAUGGCAGGUGUUUGUACCGUGUGUAUAACUGAACCAGUCGCAAAAGAGUCGGGUUGUUUGAGGGCGAAAAACACAGUCAUCGUCCCACCAAGUAGGCUGGACAGGAGCCCCUGCGGGACAGCGACGUCUGCCAGGAUGGCCAUCUUGUACGCUCGCGGCCAGUUGCAAGUAGGGGAACCCUUUAAACACCACAGUAUCAUCGGCACUGAGUUCAUCGGGCACAUUCAGCAUGCAGCAAAGGUCGGGGCGUUCGAUGCCAUUGUUCCGAAUAUAUCGGGGAGGGGCUGGAUCACAAGCUACAAAGAGAUUGUUCUGGAUGCUACCGAUCCAUAUCCAGAAGGUUUCCGAAGAGCAUGGCUUAGCGUACCUGAGGCAGAUCAUCGAGAUAUUUAUCAAGCGAAAAGGCGAGCGAAUUCAGAUGUGCAUUUGGGGGAUGUCUUGGCUGUGAACGAAUUGGGUCUCUUCAGGCGACCUAGUCAUGCGACACGCCGGUUUUACGUUUCGCUCCUGAAUGGAGGCUCCGAAGGUUAUGUGACAUAUCACGGCCAUCAAACACCCACAACCGCAAUGUCGUCUAUUACCAGCGAAAACUUCCUUGCUGUCGCGCUGAUAAUCAACCGUUCGCGUGACGGGCCGGCAUUUGUCUUCCACCACCCACCAGAUGUCCAGCCCGUCACGAACCACCCUGAACAGCCUGUUGAGUCCUCUGAUGAGGAUGGGGAUAUCCUCCUCCAACGACUCGCUCAGCCCAUGAGCCGGGAUAUCACCGCCACAGACGGAGGCGGCAGCAAACAUCGACACCACGAUGGUCACCUCAUGACGGAGACUGGCUCUCAAGUCGUUCCUUGGGAGCGUGUGGCUGGAUUCCCGACACGGGAUCUGGCUAGCAUCCUCACUCCCGCGCGGUCCUAUCACAAGAAGCUGUUCCAGCUGUCACUCGACCCCGUGCACUGCAUCUCAUAUCCCAUCCACGUGCCAGAGAAUGGAAAAUGGAAGCGCCACAAGAAAUCGAAAAAAGCCAAGGCCCCAAGACAGUCGGAGGAAAACCUGGCUCCCCAUGAGACAGAACCGCCAACGCCAUCCGUCGUCAUCUCGUCAGAGUCUGCCAAAGACAAAGACGGCAAGAAAGACGAUUUGGACGAAGAGAAGCGCAGUUCUAUGACAAUGUUUAACCUGGUCUUUAUUUUAAAUCCAAAGAAAAGCGAAGACAAGGAGCUUGUGGAUGCGUUGUAUCACAACGUGGUAAAGAAGGUGAAUAAGGCGUACAAAUACAGCCAGCAGCACUGCGAGUUCAUAUGGAAGGAGUCAAAGCGGAUAUUGCUAGCCAAGGAUAGAGCCCGAGAAGACGAAAAAAGCAUGAACGCCCUAUGGAAGGAGCUGCUUGAGAUGUCCUCGCUAGCAGCAUCUGUACACGACAUAUACGAAGCUGUGUCUCGCAACAAGAUUGCAACGCUUCACCUAGACACACCGUCGGGAGUAUUGACUCCAUCUGUACAGAUUCCAGCGCCUUUCUUCGUCUCCGACCUCCCGGCAGACCAUGACCACAGUCAGCAUGGUCUCUGGCUAACGACGGCGAACUCGUUCCUCAGCCACGAACAACUAGACGACCCAGAGUUUCUUGACAAAAACUUUGCCCUGCUCCUCCUGGAAGACGAGAAAAAAGUUGUAGCUGAGCUCCAAGCCGACAGAGACCCGACAACAGUGUCCAUGAUUGAAUUUGCGCGACUAGCCAAACCCACCAUGUCAUUCUACCAGUUCGGGCAAAGCAACGUCCUCACAGCCAGCCAAGUCCGCAAGUAUGCGCAGCACUUCAUAUUCUGGCGCCGAGCCAUUGCCAUACCACCUCUACACGCCAGAGACGUUUACAUGGUGUCGCCUAACUGCGAUCUAAGCCGCCUCCCCAGAGACGCAGCCGAAUGGCAACGCGCGUUCCCGCUGGCACCACCGCUGCCCAACUUUCUCUCGGAGCUAUCUUACGCACCGCGGCCCUACAAGACCUUCUGCCCCAGCAAGCCGCACCGCCCUCUAUACCUCCGCAUGCUGGCGUGGCUCUUGCGAGGAGGAUGGGUGACCCAGCUCUGCACAUUCGCCUACGUUGUCGUGUGGCCCGAGAUCCUGUACGAAGUAGAAUAUGACAUGGAAGCCGAGGAGCUCGCGGCGGCGACAGCACAAGACAACAACCGCAACGAUAGCCAGCCCUCCCCAUCGCCGCCCUCUGCUGCUCCCCCAACCACUAACCAAGAACCAACAACCCAAGACGACCUCGAUCCCGCCGCACCCCUACCCGGAGCCGGCGAUGAACCCAGUCCCAAGACCCGCGUCCCAGCACCAACCUCCACGGCCCAGCACGCCGCGGAAAUGGCACGCCUCGAACGCAUCGCCAUGAAAGCCCACCGCGAAGCAGCCGACAAGGCGACGGCGCACGCACGCAAAACACCCCCCCUCCCGACAAGCCGGCCCUCUGUCAACGACAGCCCCCACCUCGUCGGCCUGACGCCGCACAUCAUCCUCGAUGCCAAGAAGGCCACAGGCAAAGAAUCACGCUACCUGUCCGCCAUUGCGCGCCGCCUUAAGGACGACAAGGUCAAAUCCGCAUGGUCCGUCAUGUGCAAGUACUUUGACGGCCGGUGUGCGCUGGAGAGGAUCGCUCUGCAGGAAGACAUGAAGCGCAAGGAGACGUGGACGUUGCUAACGGCCAUGAGCGAGUAUCUACUCUGUACCAGACACUGGUGA